AUGAAUCACGUUGAUGUUGAUCAAAUCCUCGAAGACUACGCUUGGACACAAUUCAAAGAUCUACAAUCGCUGAGAAAAACGAGAUUGGAUGAAUUCAGAAAUUUGGAGCGGGAUGAUUGCGAAUUCAUUAUCGUGAGUUUAGAAUUUUUUGUUUUUUUUUUGAAAUUCACAUCAAAAACAAAAUUUAUCCAUGGAUAAAUAUACAUAUUUACGACCUUGACUUCCAAAUCAAAUCCAAAUCCAAUUUUUUUCGCGUCGCCUAGAUUUAAUUACAGGUUAUUAUAUAUAUUUUCAUAUACUAGUAUACACAAUUGGUUUAAUCAAAAUAUAUUUUUGUUCCAUCGAAAAACAAAAAAAAAGAAAAACUCUUGACUUUGAAGGUCAGAAACAAUAUAAAUGUUUCUUUUGUUUUGAAUUGAACAAAAACGGCGCCGACUUUUAUCUUAACUCAUUUUGAAAUUAAUGAAAUAGGGAAAAAUAUUUUAUUUUAUAUGUUAAUUGUACUUCUGAGAUACUAUGUUUACACAGCGUUUUACAUUUUACAUUUUAGCCAAAAAAAAAGAAAAAAGUUUAGUGCUCAUUAGCUCUUUUCAAAAAAAAAGAAAAAAAUUCCCUUUUCUUUUCAUAAAUUUUUCUUUUUUGUGCGUUUUUUUUUCAAAAAGGGAGAAAAGAAUAUCAAAUUACCGGAAAAUUUUAUUUUUUUCCUCGUUUUGGCAAUGACCCAGAUCUCUUUCUCGUCAUCAUAUCUCAAAAGAAUAUCGAAAUUUGGAAAGUUUUUAGAAGUAGUGACCCUCAAACAUCAAGUUGUGAGGCAAAUCGAUGUAAACAACAAUCGUUUAUUUGCCAACUGAUUUAUUUGAUAUCUCAAGUGGAUUGGUAGAAGAGCGAGUGGUGACUAAUUCACGCGAUUAUGUCAAAAUAGUUUUGACAGGUUGACUUUUUUCGGGAAAAUUUGAGAAAAUAUUUAGGGAUUUCAAAAAAAUCGUAAAAUCGCUCGCUGUGUAAACAAAAUAUGUAUGUAAGAAGUACAAUUAGCAUAUAAAUAGGCACCUCGGGGCGAUUACGAGAAAAUGAAAGAGGAAAAAGAGGAUUAGAAAGGGGCCUCUUCUUAUUCUUUUUUUCGUUUUUUGGCUUCGUUUUUGUUUCGCAGAGGGAUGCAAAAUGACACAAAAAACGAUUUUUUCAAAAUUCCCCUCCAAUCUUGUUCCAAUUUCGUAAAAGAGUGUGAGUCGAUGAUGAGCAUCGCGCAUCGCAAAAUGGCUCGUCUCGUGGGAAUUUUGCUCGCUGCUCUAGAAAAACAAGAGAGAAAGAAGAGGAGCGCGUCAACUCGAUUAGUAUAUAGACAACAAACACAUUUUGAAAAUGAGGGGAGAGGAAAAUAGCUGAAGGGACCUGCAAAAAUUAUCUGGAAACUUUUCAUAGAAAAACCAGUCAGUUUUCUUCUGAAAAUAUCGGAAAAUUGUCAUUUUCCCCCAAAAAAUAAAAAAAAUUGCGAAAAAAUGAAAAGAAAACAACGAGACUCCGCGUUGACGACACCGCCCGUUCGCCCCAUGUAUUUUUUUUUUCGAAAAGCUUACAGCCAAUACUUAUCGAAAUGUUCUGAAUUUUUUCAUCAAACUAGACUAUAGUUGAAAUAAGCUAAAUCUAAUUACUGAGAAUGAUUUUUUGAAGCAUAUUCCGGUCAAAAACACAAAAUUUCCAUAGAAAAAUCAGUUUUCUUUUGAAAAUAUCGAAUUUUCAGAAUCGACGUCGUCUAGUAGUUGUCAAUGAAGAACCGCAAUAUUCUCAUUUCCAACCAGCCGGUUCAAAACCCUACACACUUUUCAAAUCAAUCUACACAAAUAGCACAAAUCGCCCACAAGAAUAUUCAUUCAAAACCGAACGAACAACCGAAUCACUUUGCUCAGUGGCAAGAGAACAAGGUUAUAUGAUUGGAACAGAAGCCGAGUUAACACUCAAAACACCGUGUAAGUACAUGUGUUGUUUACUCAUAGUUAGAGAAAGGCAGUUACUCAAGGUUAACAAGACAAAGGAGAGACUUGGCGCCAGGAAGUUGUGGGGGGACUUUUAUAAAAAACUAAGUUUUGCAGGCGAAAUCGCGGAACUUAAAGCUGGCUUCAAGCACGAGAUGCACUUCAACAACUUGAACGAAAAUUGUCAAACAGAAGUUCUAACAUGGGGUGUAGACAGUAAUGUUUCGGUGAGUUUUUGGGGGAAAAUUUUCCCAAGCAGGUGUUUUUAAUGGGCUUGGGAGGGAAACAAAGAACUAAAUCAUACCACGCCCAGCUUCGUGCAAAUUAACUUUGAAAACAACCUUUUUGACUGAAAAAUACCGCGUUUAACGGAAAAACAAGCAAAAAUUUGCUGUUUUUCAAGAAAAUCUCGAAUUGGCGAGGUGAAUUUCCGUGAAUUUUUAUUGGCGCCGUCAUACCACGCCCAGGGUGAGGCAUUUGCACGGCGCCAAUAAAAAAUUACGGAAAUUCACCUCGCCAAUUUCAGAUUUUCUUGAAAAACAGCAAAUUUGUGCUUGUUUUUCCGUAAAAAAGUCGUAUUUUUCAGUCGAAAAGGUUGUUUUCACCUCGCCAAACAAAUUCAAAACCCACACCGCCAAUUUUCAAAGUGAAUUUGCACGAAGCUGGGUGUGGUAUGCACUAAAUAAAUGUUUUCCUUAUAUCUAGGUUCCUCCACAUUAUCUCACUGAAGCCUCGAUUAUUAUUGAGGAAAUGAACUAUCGCGGAACCUAUUCGGUCGUUUCAAAAUUGUCAGGCGAUGUUGUUGUGUCGAUUCGCAGGUAAGUCAUGUUAUGUUAUGUUUACUUUCCAUUAUUCUCACUUUCAAAAAGUCUCUUUUUAAUCCAUUGGUCUUAUUCUAACAAAUAAAUACAUUUUUUCUGCAGACGAAAAGACAAUGUGUUGGUUUUGCCGGUUCGUUGUGGAGUUGCCGAAGUUUUCCGAAAUCAACUGGACAAUCCACAUUGUAGAAAAGAAAUUAAACAAGUUGUAAGUAUCGAUCAAAAUCGAACUGUUCGAUUGGUCUCGAAAGGAUCUUGUCAAUUCCAAUUCGCUUUGAAACAACGGAUUGAUCUCAAGGAAUCUCCAAUGAGAGCUGGUGAUGAGAUAAUGAUUGAUUAA